AUGUUUCAGAUCACACUUAUUCUCUUCGCCAUCAUCAUCGGUACCAACGGCAAAACCUAUAAUUGGAAGGACUGCGAUGAAACCAGCGAAAUCCCAUUCAAAUUCGAGGUCCAAUUCUCCAUAAAAACCCCCUCAAAAACAGUGAAAGAAAUUGAAACCGUGAACCGGACUGUAAAGUUCACAAUUGAAGUUACCAAGAAAAUAGUAUACAGUAAACUUUUGAUUACAACCACAAACAACGGCGUCGUAACCUUGGAUCGCACUUUGGCAAAAUUAAAUAUUUCGAACAAGGAAUUCAUCAGCGAUCACUUCUUCAAUAGUUCUGAGCACGGUAUAGUGAGUUCCGUCAAUAAAAUAAGAAUUAACUCCAAAGAAGGUCGUCGAUACAUUGAUUAUUCAACGAACAGUUCCGAUCCAAGUUGGGAUAAAAUUGUCGAGAGAAGAUACGAUAAUUAUGAUAACACAGAGCACACUGUUUUGAACUUUAAACCCAAUGGUACAGAAAUUCAUCGAACAAUAGAGACUGGGAACAGUGACGGAAGUAUAACCGUUCAACAUUCAAAGGAGACUAAGGAAGGCGAGACUUUUGUAACUUUUGAGCACUGUGUUGCGGAAAUCAACAGGAACAACUGGACUUCUUUCGACCAAUCAGUAUCAACUAUCUGCGGCGGAGAAACUAAAGCAGUUGUUAGAACGAUUGCAGUUUCCAAUUCUCAAAAUAAUUCUAUGGCUAUUGAUCACUUUGUUCAGGAAAAGGAUGUUAAUGGUGGUCAAAUUAAUGAGCGGAUCAGCGGGAUUGUUGCUGAUAAUGGCACUGUGCUCAGCUCGGAAUCAUUGGAAUCAAAAACAAACGUAAAAAGAGAUUUUGCUGCUUCAAAAGGGAUAAAGAAUCUCGCAAGAGUUCAUCUCAAGUUUAUUACGCUGCAAAAUAUUAAAAAAGAGCUGUCGAAUAUCGUUCAGAAGCUUCGGAAGGGUUGGAGUAUUUUUAGUGACCUGUAA